AUGGCAAUUGAUGGAUCAGCUGAUUUCUUUUGUACCAGCGUCUCUCCUGCUACAAGCCUGUGUUCUUUAUAUUUUGUGGACCAACCUUCUACGAGGGUGUACGGGAAUAAAUAAUCUUUGUUCCCAGGUGAGGCUGGGGGAGUCCUUGAAGGCGAGUGAUGCAGAAUCAAUGCAUCUGAAAUCUCACCGAUCAAAUCAAGUGCAGCAACACACAUUCUGCUUUUGCAUUUGAGGUGGUUGUCGACACCCGUGGUACAAUGCUAGCGAGGAAGGGGAUCAUUCCGGAAGAGUACCUGCUGACCAGAUUGGUGGAGGACAACCUGUCGCAGCCUCGAUUCCGCGCCAAGGCGAGGAAGGCCCGCUUCGUCUCCAAGAACGGAGGCUGCAACGUGGCCCACAAGAACAUCCGAGAACAAGGGCGCUUCCUUCAAGAUGUCUUCACCACCCUGGUGGACCUCAAGUGGCCUUACACGUUGGUGAUCUUCACCAUGUCCUUCCUGUGCAGCUGGAUGGUGUUCGCCAUGUUGUGGUGGCUCAUUGCCUUCGCCCACGGAGACUUGGACUCUGGGCAGGACGGCGCCGUGCCUUGCAUCACCAGCAUCAAAUCUUUCACCUCUGCCUUCCUCUUCUCCAUUGAGGUGCAGGUGACCAUAGGGUUUGGCAGCAGAAUGGUGACAGAGGAGUGCCCGAUGGCCAUCACCAUCCUCAUCAUCCAGAACAUAACGGGCCUCAUUGUCAAUGCGGUCAUGCUGGGCUGCAUCUUCAUGAAGACUGCCCAGGCCAACCGGAGGGCGGAGACCAUCAUCUUCAGUAAGCACGCGGUCAUCGCGCAGCGGAACGGUCGGCUCUGCUUCAUGUUCCGGGUGGGUGACUUGAGGAAAAGCAUGAUUAUCAGCGCCACUAUCCGAAUGCAGCUGGUCAAAAAGACCAUCACGCAAGAAGGGGAAGUGGUCCCCAUCUCCCAGAUUGACAUCCAGGUCGAGAAUUCGGUGCACACCAAUGCCAUCUUCCUGGUUUCCCCUCUCAUCAUAAGCCACGCCAUUGAUGAGAACAGCCCACUCUACGAUCUGUCCGAGUCUGACCUCCAGCAACAAGACUUUGAGGUGGUGGUCCUGCUCGAAGGUGUGGUGGAGACCACGGGCAUUACCACCCAAGCGCGUACGUCCUACCUGCCGGAGGAGAUACUUUGGGGCCAUAGGUUUGUGCCCAUUGUGACUGAGGAAGAGGGUAGAUACUCGGUUGACUAUUCCAAGUUUGGCAACACUGUAAAGACUAACCUCCCACUGUACAGCGCGAGGGAGCGAGAGAGGCAGGAGAGAAGCCAGCACCGUAGGGACAAUGGGCCCAAACUUCUGCUGGGCACCCUCCACAAAAGAAGCUCCUCAAAGAUCGUUAACUCAUCAGAAAUGGGCAUGAAGUCAUCUGUGCGAUUUCAGUCUGUCAAUUCGUUAUCAGAUUUAUAGUUGUGAGACUGGAUUUGAUCGUAGUCUUCGCUCCACAGAACCUUGUUUUCCGCCCCCCCCCCCCCCCCACCAUGCCUGCCCAGCUGAAAGUUUAUAGAGUUGUAUAGCACAAAAACAGACCCUUCCGCCCAUCCUGUCCAUGCCAACCAUCAAGGACUGGAGCUGAAACAAUACUCAUUGACCUCCCUCUUGUUUAUAUUAAAAGGGCCAAGGGAUAGAUUGAGAGUAGCAAAUCAGCGAGGAUCUUAUUGGAUGGUUGGGAGUCCAAAGGGACCCCGUGGCCUUCUUUCUGCUUCUGCCUCUUAGAAUAUUCAUCCCCAGGUCCUUAAAUUAUAAAUCUCGUCACCUUUCUUAGAUGUUCCUUCCUCCCACAAUCCACAGUGUUGUUGUUCAACAGCAGUAGUGUAGUUACUGGAGUAGUAUCCAGCAGCCUGACUGAUUUAUCUGGAGACAUACAUUCAAGUCCCACCUUGAUGCCUGGGAAUUUUAGAUUCGAGUAAUAUUCCCAAUAUUCCUCGAUAUUGGAGUAAUAUACUCGAGUAAUAUUCGAGUAAUAUUCGAAGCCUCCAGAUCACCGUAAUAUUCCACCUGGUUUACUAGUGCCCUUCAAACAAGGAAAUCUCUUCUGGCCUCUAUAGGACUCCAGACUUACUAAAGUGCUGGCUUCUUGUUCAUGGGGUAACAAGGGAUUGGUUAUAAAUACUGCUCUUGCCAGCAACGUCUACAUUUGGGGAACAAAUAAACGAAACUACUGCUUCCAAAGUUUUCAUUCGCUUCCCAGUCUGGGUAAUGUCAAACCUUGUCUUCUUCUGGGUUUCUAAUUUAACAGAGCAGAGGAGGUAGAUGAUACAUCAUCAAAGGAGUCUCCUCCAUGAACAGACAGUAAGAGCCUUGUACAAAUGUGGUGAAUAACCUGGAUCUUGUGGGUGUGGAGCUAUGGUGUAUUUAAUCUUGGCACCCGGGCUGAUGUAGGUAGUCCCCAGGAUCAGAAUCAGGCUUAUUAUCACUGAGAUAUGUCACUGUCACUGACAGGAUUCUGUUCCUGAAAACGGUUUGUAACCUGAACCGUUCGUAAGUCAGAAAUGAACAGUGGGGAGGAUCCCAGAAACAGCGGGGACAGGAGAUUGUGCAGGCACGAGGAGAGAGCUGCCACCAGCCGGCUUCACUGACUCGGUGAGUGAGUCUGCUCAGACCUCCCAGCUCAGCUUAACCCAGCCCCUGA